CGUGACCCGCCCAUUAAUAAUGGCGGGCAAGAAAGGUAAUGAUUCUUUAUUAUCACUGGACGCCAAGGAAGAAGGAGAGCUGCCUGAGGCUUUGAAAAGGAACUUGUUACUUCAACAACCAGACACUUUUGAAAAAGAUAAAACUGAUUUAUCACCCAAGCAGGUCACUCCAGAACCAGGAUUUUGUGUCAAGACUAAGACUGAAAAAGAUGAGAAAGUGUUCAUUAACAUAUGCAAAUCAGAAAACGUUCCUUCUCCAAAGGAUAUAACAGAUGAACAGCUGCAAUCAAUAUUACAAUCUGGAGACGCUACUCAUUACAGAGUACCUCUUAGUCUGGGGGAACCUCACAUUGAGAAAGACAAUAGUAAUCAUGAUUGUACUGUCUAUGACGUUAUCGUGGGCAGUAGCUUCUAUGAUACAAUUCAAUCCAGGCCAAUAAUGAAGGAUUUUCUAUUAACAAUUGUACUGGAGGGAUUGGAAGAGAAGUACAGCCUCAGACUAUGCAGAGAAUGUAAAAUUAUGAAAAAUCGUAAAUUUCUUGGCAAUCUUCCAGAGCAAAAUGUAAGGAAAGCUCCCAAACCAUUUAUCAUUGAAAUGGAGGAAGAAGAAGGCAAAGGAAACUCCAAAAAUAAAAGCACAGCUGCAGUUUCGACCGCCCCUGAGCCAGAGUACACUAUAAUAAGGGAACCUCUUGAUGGUGAUAUCCCUGAAUAUCUUGUGAUGGAAAUAAAACUGCCAAAAGUGUCUACAUCUAAAGCUAUUUCACUUGAUGUUGGAGUUGACAGGAUUGAAAUAACAGUCAGACCUAACCUUUAUCACUUGCACGUUGAUCUUCCAUUUACUGUCGAAUCAAACGAAACCGUUGCUCAGUUCAAUCGAGACUCACAAAUACUCUUUGUCACUCUGCCAGUGAAUGGAAUUGUAGUUGAGAAUGUUUUGUAGGCAACUCAUGAUCAUAUACAUGCACUACACUUGGCUUGUAAGUCCAUUUUAAACAAUAGCUCACUUUUAGCACAUUAAUUAUGAGAUGAUUAUUUAAUAUUCUGCAAAAAUUUACUUCCAAUAAUG